GUGAGUGGACGUGUGAGCGUGUGACUGAAGUCAAACAAAACGCGUGUUUAUAGUCAACAAAAGUUUAUGGGUGUUUAAAUAAUUAUCGUGUAGUGAAGUGAAACAUACUCCUAAAAGGAUUUCACUUAAUGGUGCGGGGGUGAAACAAGAUGGCGGCCGAUCAGCUGCGGCUGCUGCUAUGGAAGGACUAUCUAGUGCGGAAGAGGAAACCGAUAACGAUAGCUGGAAUAAUCUGGGCGCUGUGCGUCGUCUCCAGCAUAUGUAUAGUCCGGUACAAUAUUGACAAUCAAGACUUCCCUACAUGUCAAUUCGCAGCUCGUAGUCUACCGAGUGCAGGAGUCCUAUCAUUUCUACAGUCGUUUAUAUGCAACGUGAACAAUGAAUGCUCUCCCAUGGAUGAGUUUCAGGAGAUACCGACUUAUGAGAAAUCCAAGUUGACACAGCUCCAAAGGCAGCUAGCGCCACUGAUAUCCAACGCGAGUGUAGUGGAAGUCGCAGGUUCGAUUCCAGAUGCACUCAAGUUAAUAUCCACGUUGGCUGAUGUGGCUGAUGAACCAGCUUUUUUGGAUAUUACUAAGAACGGUAUCUACGUAAAGGAUUUAUUUAGAAGUCCGAACCGCGUAAAACGCUACCUCUCCAGUAACAUGAAUUUAUCUGAUGAUGUAAUAAAUAGUGUGGUGUCUGCUAAACUUGGUCUGGGUUCCAUUAUGAGUGGUGACUUGGACAGAUGCGAUAUAAAUUCAAUGAAAAAUUUAAUAAAAGUACAGAAUCAAGAACAUCUAGAAGAAUUUGUUGAAGUUUUAUGUUCUCUGUCUAAAAGUGAUUUACAGAAAACGAUCACUGACUUACUACCUGAAAUCAAUAUAGGGAAAUAUAUAACAAUGGCUGGCAACAUGUACCGCAAGUUAUCAGGCGACUCUCGCUUGACCGAACUGGGUGAAAUGGCCACAGCGGGACUCAGGAUGCUCUCCAUCAGAAGCUUUCUACCUCCAGAACUUAGCGGGAUCUUCUUUGGAGAUGAAGGAGAUUUUAGUUAUAUGCCUUUGUCUAUGGUAAACAAAUUCAUGGAUCUAUUUCAACCAACAUUUGGUGAUACUCAGUCGUUCAAAUCAAUCAAAGAUGUUUCGGAAGCAUUCGUUCUUGGAGUCAAAUAUUUAAACAAAAUACUUAAUAAACAAGAUGAAUCUGCAAAUAAGAGCAGUAACGCACAACUUGAUAGAAUGUCUAAUGUUUUAAAUAAUGCUUUAGAUGUCGCUCAAGAUGUAACAGCCAAUGAAACAACUAUAGAUGUAUACAAUAUAUUAACCCGAAUAACAAACUUGAUGCUAAAAUUCCUCACGAAACCGCAAAAACAUGACGUCCUAUUCUUUUCCACCCUUCUUUCGAAGUUAAUUCAAGUAGCGGAUAGGAUGGUCAACAUCAACACUAAUAUAGAACAGACGAUCCAUGACGUAUCCUUGCGGAACCCCGCGGGGGUUAGAGUGCUUGUGGGGUUGCCAUUAGGAGUUAUAUCUAAGGGUUUAGAAGGGCUAGCUGAUCCUGAGAGAGCGCAAAUUAUAACUACAAAUCUGGACAAGCCAGGCCAAACGUUCUGCGACCUGAACCGCAUCAGUCAAUUCUUCCUCGUCUCCAAACAAGAGGCUACGCAAUUGAAAAGUCGCCUUUGCACUGACGCUUGGAAAGAAUAUGUUAAAGAUAUGAUAACUUCUUUUGGAACUUAUGAAGCUAAGGAUAAUAUAAACGCAUUGGCAUCCCUGUUUGUGAUGGAAGCACUUGGCACCGACAUAUCCGACCAACUAUAUUCUAUCGAUAAAGACUUCCAAAUACUAAAGAACUUCACUCAACUAAUCGCAAAUUUGGACAAAGUUGUAAAACCUGAACUCAACUGGGACGCUAUAUUUAACCCAAAAGAGGAUGCUAAAUUCUUAAAAGUAGUUAAAGAGAAGGAAGGUCUUGGAAAACUUAUUUUAUUAGCAGUCCACGGUUCUCUAGCAAAAGAAGUAGUAAAGCAGAAUCCCUUAUUAGAAUUCAAGAUCAGUCCCUUCCUAAAAGACGCUACAACAAUGGUAGAAGCCCUCAAUCAACAAUUAGAUCUAGCUUCUAAAGAUUUAGCUGAAAGGGCUAAGAAGAUAUACCCAGAUGUAUUGAAGAUGCUUGCACUCACAGCAUUGGAUGAAAAUAAGGUCUACAAAUCCUUAUCAACGGCAAGUGAAGAUAUAUUUUGUUUCGGUUUCCAAAAUGCCACAAAAUACCUGAAUUUCCCGCCAAAUGUAGAUGGAGAAAACUUGGUGCAAACAUUGUGUGAUGUUUCUGCUGAAAUUGAUAAUGGGUUGAAAGCUGAUUCUAUGCUAUCGAAAGCUAUUUCUACAGUAAAGAACGCAAGCCAUACAGUUUUAGAAGAAGUGAAUUGGACAAAGCUAAUCAUGAACUUGAAGCAACUAUACAUUACAUUAGAAACCGACUAUCCAUAUGUUAUCGAGUUCCGUAGCUACGGGAUGGACAAACAAACGAAAAUACAAAUUGAAGAGAUGUUCAUGGAGGCUAAGGACUUCUGGUUCAGUUUUAGAAGUUUGAAGAGAGUAUUGAUGUUAAGUAUAAACGUAGGCCUACGAGUGAUGGAUCUCCUCAACAGCGAAGCGUUCGGCUUGUCACAGGAAAUAUGGCUCAGGAUCAGAUACUAUCUUGCCAUUUUAACUGGACCUAUGCAUGCUAUGAACGAUUUCGUCACUUUUGUUCAUGGAGUACAAUCAAAUAAGUCGCAACGAACGGACAUACCACCAAAAACGGCAGUCGUUUUAGACAGAGUUUUGUCCAAUUUGCCGAAAUUUGUCACUGAAUCUGUUGAUAUUAUAGUUAGGGAUACUGUCGAGGUCCAACCAGUAAUAGAUUUAAUGAAUGGCAAUCCACCCUGGCCGUGUGGACCGAGCCUUACAAAAUUGAUUCCCUUUACCAAUUCGUCAGAACAAGCCCUUAUCUCUCUGGAGACGAUAUUGUGCUUCGACAGAACUUUCCAGAACGAAUGGAGGGAAUAUCUGGAUGAGAAGAAUGUCACGCUUUUUAAAAGUGCAAAAUGGAACACGACUCAGUUCGCUCCACACGUGUUCCUACAGUUCUCUUCAGCUUUCGACAGAACUGUCAAUAACUUGGACAUAAUAAAGGAAAUGAUGCAAAGUGCUUUCGCGGAACAAAAUAAUGAACGCCUCAGUUUGAUGUCUGCUUGGAAAUAUACUGUGGACACUCUGAAUACGACGGAUAGAGAUGUUAUAUUAAGAAAGUGUUUCACCAAAAUCGACACAGUCCUGAACUCCAUAAACACGUCGACCGUACAAGAGAACUUACCCCUCUAUACUCUAUGGCUGAACUACCUGAACUGUUCAGACCAAGUGUACAUAGACAAUCAGUGCCGGGACGUGGGCAGAGCCGCGGGGAAACACAUGUUUAAACUGUUGUCUAUGGCCAUUGGAAACUUUUCGGAGGAUGUCGCCACUUAUUUGAGUGAAGUUAAUGAGGCAAAUGCAACACUACUACAGCAGCUCGGUUUCACUAGCAACACGGCUAUCUACAUGAUGUAUGACAAAAUGCCAGAACUAAUGAGUGUGCUCAUCAAUUCGUAUUGGGAUUUUGGCUUUAUGAACCAGGUUCGACGAGCAACCCAAACUAAGUUCUGGGACUGUGACGCAUUACUCUCUUCUCUGAACCCUGGACCAGGAAGCCCUAUCUCCAGAGCAUUUAUCCAGCGGCUCCAACCAUUCGCCUGUCCCUCUAUUUUGUACUGGCUCUCUAUGCCCAGAGGGGCCAAUGUGUUCUUGGAUGUUAUUGCAAAACCGCAAUAUUUACUAUUCACACUUAAUGUUUCGCACUUCGAAAGCUCCUUCGACAAGGCGUAUGUAGCCGCAACUAAGAUGACCAAUCUAUUAACAGACAUAGCAAAGCAAAAGCAAAUUAACAAAAUCGACUUCUCCUUAGACACACUUAGAACUAAAUUAAAGGAACUUGUUGACAAAAUGUUAUCAUAUAAAAUUAAAGACACCGACCCUUCAUACGUAGAGUUUAACGAAAUGAUGAAAAAACAAACAGUAUCUACAAUAUAUCUAACAAGAACUGUCGCUAUUACUAACAAAAUAGCUGAAUUAAUAAACAUUUUCAAUGUGGCAGAAGUUAUUAGUAAUAUUUCUGAUGAAGACAAGAAAGCUAUUGAAAGUGAUUUAAGUUCCAUAAAAAUGGUCUUCAAAAGACGAGCAGCUGAAGUAGUUGGAAUACAUUUCGAUGUAAUCACUGAUGUGUUAUGGACAAACAGAAAAGACUACAAAAUUACCAAUGCACUCGAAGUCAUGUGUGAUAAUUUGAAAGCAAAUGACACUAGUAAAGUGAUUUUAGGUGAUAGUGUCAGAAUCAGAGCUAUUAUUUGUUCAAAACAAUACAAAAUUAUCUACAAUGCGGUGCAGUAUGUUAUGGAUGAUGAUGCUAAAAAUGCAAGAAACAGCUUGUUAAAUAUGAUGAAGGUUUUGCAAAAUGAUAGCACUGAAGAUGUAUCGAAUGUAUAUGAGUUUAUCAAUAACAACCCCUCAAUAGUAUCAUCUUUACAAAGAUCCAUCACCUCCGCAUCAGAGCUUUCUAUCCCCAUCUACCUCAAGUUCCUGGGCAGUACUAUCCAACACCAGACCAUAGUGAUCGACUUCCUUGCGGGGGGAGACUGGUGGGGGGGACUGAGGAGAUUGUACACUGGACCGUAUUCUACCAACUUCUUUGAUUCUGUCGAACAAAGUUUUGAGAUUGCUGAUAAUUUGUUGACCAAUUUGGAUAAGAUACAUAUAGUAAAGCUCCUCCGCGACACCAACAUGAACGACACAGAGUCGUUGUGUCUUCCCAACGUCACGAUAUCGGACUACAUCCCGGAUAGUACGGGGAAAUUGGCUAAACUACAAGUUCAGCUCUGUGAUGGAAACUCCAUCAAGGAAAUACCGUUUUUGGUGUUCGCUUCACAGGGUUACGACGAUUCGUUAGAACUAUCAACAACUGUAGACUAUCCAGACAUAGACUCUGAUAUAUCACAACUAGAAACGAAACUAUCUUCUACAAUGGAUGGACCACAAUCUCCACAAAUACCUCUUUGGGUUACUGAUGAGAAUUUAUCGCAGUUUAGAAGUUUAAUGCUGAAUUUAUUGUCUAAGGAAACUUUGACAAAGAUGGCGUUUGGGGUUAUGAGUAAUAUUGUCGAUGCAGGCACUUUGUAUUUGAAUACGACUUGCGCGAUGUGCUCCCAGCCCACAAGCUGGCUGAAGCAGCUGACCCUGCAGCUGUUCAAGCGGCAGGAGUACGACGCGCUGCUGUGCCACCUGCACGCCAUGACCCUGGAGGAGGUCUACAUGACCCUGAGGAACGACUUCCAUUGGGACAUGGCCAUUAGUGAGGUGAUAUCAACACGCAACUACACAAAAUACGAACUUAACAAAGCGAUGAAUGAGUUACUGGAACAGAUCAAACUGAACCUUCUAGAAGACAUCACGGCUAAUACUAGCAAGCUAGCUGACUGUCUGGCUAGAAAUGUUACCAGAAACCCGCUAGGAAAUGCUACAUUAGUAACAACAGUACUAUCACGCGUAAUAAAACUGCUCAGAGCAGACUUACCUCAUCUCCAAGAAGUAGACGGUAUCACAGAAGUCCCUUACCUUCAAGAACUACAUAACGAUGUAGCACAUAAUCUAGAUGUUAAUAAACCUUUGACUGAAUAUCUGAAAAGUGACAAUACGAUGAUUAAAGAUCUAGGAAAUAGUAUAGAUGAUAAUGACCUGAUUGAAGAUUUCAAGGAUGCUGAUAUUAAUUUGCGUAAAGUAAGAGAUCUGCGAUCAUUGAAUGAGCCAAUACAACUUAAGAAAUACAACUGGACACAUGUAUGCGCCUCAUAUAAUUGCAGUGAAGUGAUCAAGAUUAUAGACAAUAAUUUGAAUAUGACUUUAGUGGAGGAAAUGUUACCUGAAAUCCAAAGUGAAGUUUUCUGGAAUUUCAACUUCAUGUCCAAAAUACUACACCCAGAAGAGAUCAUAUUAGAACACAUAGCCAGAGUUUUGGGAUUCCUCAGUAAAAUGGAUAUAAAAGGGGUGUUGGAUGGAAAACUGACUUCUUUAAUUGAUAUUGCUAUGCAAGUGCUGAUGGAUGAUACGCUGAAUGGACUGGUUUAUAGCAUUGAUGGCAUCCUCACAGAAGCUCACCCUUUUCUACAAGAUACAGAUCUAGAUUUUGACGUGAAGUCAAUUACUAAAGGAAUGCAGGUGCUGCAUCAAAUGAAAGACUAUGUUGUUGAAAAUGACGUUAGCAUAACUCUAUCAGAUAUAUUCAAAAAUCCAGAUAAAAUAGAAACUUCACUAAAGAACAUCGGCGUGAAUGAUUCUAGCUUUUGGUCGGAAGCAGCUCCCAAACUGCAGAACGGAAAAUUGCAUUUGAAACCGUUACUCUCCCCAAAAGAUGGCCAAUAUCACAUAAAAGAUUUUAUUUGCAAAACCGAAGAUAUAUCUAAAGUCCUAACAUCUGAAGAUCUCGAUAUUGCUUCUACAGAUGAAAUUUACUCCGCAAUUGUCGAGCAGUUUUGCAAUAUGGAAGAUGGACUGGCGAAACAGAUUGUACCGGUUUUGGUUGAGAAUGUUAACUUUACAUUUAUAGUGGAUCAGAUAAAAUCCUUUCUACUAACCAAGCUCUACACAGCAUCAAACCUCACGCAAGAAGAGGGCAGCACAGUAUUCAACAAAUUCGCCGACAUGGCGGCAUUAUUGCCGACAGUUCAGGGAAAAGUUGGCAACUUGACCGACAUGCUCGCUAAGGAACCGCUGUUCCAAAGAUUGAAGAGCGGUUUCUCUAUUGGAAGUUUAUUGUCCUCAUCAGAAAUGCUAUCCGACGUAGGCAACAUGAUGUGCGGCAAACCAUUCUUCUCCGGAGUGAGUCGCUUCUACAAGACCAUCGUCAGCUCGGUGACACUAUCGUCUAAACCUGAUGAGGAGCAGUUGAAGGUUCUGCCCACUGACUUCUGCCGCUCAGUAUACACGGAGAUAGUAAACAUGGAAGGCGGUAAGAUUGUAUGGAGCUUCGUAAAGCCGCUGCUGAUGGGCAAGAUUCUCUACACACCGCCCAACCCUGCUGUUAUUAGUAUUGUUCAACAGGCAAACACAACAUUCGGGCCAACAUCCCAACUCUUCAACCUGGUCCACUCGUUUGCUCACGCGUUUUCAUCUAUCGACAAGAUGGCGGCGCACAAAGCUGGGCUCAAAGCGUUACAGGAACUGCUCUCCGCUGAUGAUUAUAAGGAUCUCAGGGUGUCGCUCGUGGGGGAUGUGGGAGUACCUGAUAUGGAUGUGGAGGAACUGCUUGGGGGGAUUGGGGAUACUGAGAGUCUAGGACGUCUAUUACAAAAAGCAUCUAACUUCCUUCAAUGCAUCAACCUGGACCGCUUCAAGCCGAUGCCGAAUGAACACGAACUGACAUUAGAAGCUGUUAGACUUAAUAGGAUUAAUGAAUUUACAGCUGGACUCGUCUUCCUCAACAUGACUGACGAUCAGGCAACAAUUCCAACUGACAUCGACUAUAAGAUAAGGAUGGAUAUCGAGAAUUCACCAACAACAAAACGAACGAAAAACUAUCUCUGGACCCCCGGGCCUGAAGCGAGUUUCCUAGAGAACAUGCGUUAUUUCCGCGGCUUCGUCCAAGUUCAGGACAUUGUUGAGAAGGCACUUGUCAAGCUUUCAGGCAACUCGACGGAUUGGGCAGUGUACACCCAGCAGAACCCCUACCCUUGCUAUAGGAAGGAUCUGUUCCAAACAUCUCUUUACGAGUCACAAGCUCUGUUGGUUGCGUUCUACUUCUCUUUGCUCUUCACCGUGUCUUCCGCCGUUCGGUUCAUUUUAGCUGACAAGGAGUCUGGACACACUAUGCUGCUCCAAGUGAUGGGCGUGAACCUGAGCUACCACACGCUGUCCUGGUUCAUAGCUUCCCUCCUGGAGAUGACUGUCACCAUGGCGCUGGUCUCUAUCGUGCUGUAUGGGGGCAGCAUCCUGCCACGGACUCCACCUUCACUGACCUUCACACUGCUGUUCAUAUUUGGUGUCUCUGUGUUAAGUUUCUGUUACAUGAUGAGUAAGCUGUUUUCCUCCGCGAGUAUGGGGGCAGUGGUUGCAGCUCUGGCUUACCUCACUACUUUCAUGCCGUUUGUACUUAUUCUCUCUCUUGAAGCUGUUAUGACAAGCGGUCUCAAAAUCUUUGUGAACCUCUCAAUGUCCUCCGCCCUCUGCUACGCGUUCCUCCUCAUCACGCGUCUAGAAGCAGCUGGGAGUGGGGCUCGCUGGGCCCACGUGUGGGACUCGCCUGAUGGGGUUGGGGAUAUCAGCAUUGGGCUCAGUGCUGCCAUGAUGGUGAUAGAUGCUGUGAUUUACUUUGCUGUGGGGUAUGGACUGGAGAUGGUGUGGGGUUUAAAAACAGUACAAAACAACAUAUCCCACGUACCGUCAAGUGACGAGAAAGCUGGUGUGAGCAUCAUUAAUGUGUCAAAGAUGUACUCGCGGGGAACCAAACCCGCGCUCUCUGGCGUCAGUAUGGAGUUACGACCGGGGCAAAUUACUACGCUAUUGGGGCACAAUGGAGCUGGGAAGACUACGCUUAUCAACAUCCUGCUGGGCACAGUGCGCGCUAGCGGCGGCGCGGUGUGCGUGCGGGGCGGCGCGCGGCGCGCGGGCGCGUGCCCGCAGCGCGACGUGCUGCACGCGCCGCUCAGCGCGCGCGAGCACCUGCAGCUGUACGCGGGGCUGCUGCGCGGCGCGGCCGGGGACGACGUGGAGAGCCUGCUAUCCGUGCUAUCUCUGGGCGCAAUAAGCGACGAGCCCUCGUGCCGGCUGUCGGGCGGCACGCGGCGGCGCCUGUGCGUGGCGCUGGCCUUCCUCGGGGACCCGCCGCUUGUGACGUUGGAUGAACCCACUUCGGGGGUGGACCCGCAUGCUAGGAGGGAAAUCUGGUCGAUGAUAUUGAAGCUUCGAGAGAACAGAACGAUCCUGCUUACAACUCACCAUUUGGAUGAAGCUGAACUGCUCAGUGACCAGAUAGUCAUUAUGCACAAGGGUCAGAUCCACACAACAGGAACGCCAAUAGAAAUAAAGAGAAGCCUCGGCUCCGGAUACAAACUAUCCGUACAAUUCGAACCGCUUCCACAAAAAGAAGACGAAGACAUAGAAGAGAAGACGAAGAAGGUUCUAGAAAUUACCAGAAAUGUGGCCAAGAAUGCAAGUUUGGUUGAUGUGUGUGGGGCUGAUGUGGAAGUCAAUGUGCCGUUUUAUGAUGAACAUGGAGUUAAUAAUGAUUUUGUAGCUUUGUGCAAUAAUCUGGAGCAGAAUCAGGAAUCGCUGGGCUACCGUAACUACAGUAUGGAGUGCACAAGCCUUGAGCAAGUGUUCUUCAACAUCUGCUCUCAGCAGGAUAAUAGUAUUGAAAGUGACACAGCAUCCAAAAGCACAUCAUCAGCGUGCUCUCGCACGGAGCGUGUGCACGUACCACUUAGCGCGGGACCUUCUAAAUUACAGCAGUUACGUGCGCUUGCGCAUAAACGACUACUGCACUAUACACGCAACAGAAUGCUACUUUUCCUACUCAUAAUCCUGCCAUCUCUGUUCGUGACGAUAGCCAUGGGAUUCGCCACCAUCCGCCCUCCGGCCAAUGAUGAAAUUUCACUCAAAUUGAACAGACAUCUGUAUGAAGAAUCUACAGAUUACUUAAUACCUCAACCAUCUACAUAUUCUCCGGAUGUAGACCCAGGGCUCGCUAAACGAGUAUUGGACAUCUUAAGAUCUCAGGAGCAAGCUAGAAACUGGACCAGCCAGGAUUCCCUAACCUGCAAGUGUGUAAACGCAACGCAACAAUGUGAUGUUCCAAACAAAGUGGAUCGACCAAAAUUGAUGCUGUUACCUGAUGCAGAAACUUUGAACGAUUGGAUUGUUACCAGCCAGCCAGUCUAUAUCGAGAAGCGCUAUGGAGGCUACUCCUCAUCCCUCAGCAACAACAUAACCAACCUUGUAGCGUGGUACAACAACAAGGGUCACCACGCACUACCCUCCUAUCUCAACGAACUGAACAACGCGCUGCGCAGAGCUGUGGGGGGAGGGGGGAGGGUCACCCUCUACACACACCCCUUGAAGAUAUCGCACGAGCAGAUUAAUAAGGAUAAUGUGUACCAGCACGUAGCCGACGCCGGGAUAUCAGCGAUGCUAGUAGUGGGCUACAGCCUUGUUAGCGCUGGGGCUGCCCUGUACCUGGUAGCGGAGCGAUGCGACAAGCAGAAACGUUUGCAGCUGCUGUGCGGGGUUUCGCCCGUGCUGUACUGGACCACCGCCCUUAUCUGUGACAUGCUGGUCAUAGUGAUAAACAUGGCGAUCACAGUGGUUAUCCUGAAGGUGUUCAACUUCCCAGUAUUCGUGGCGAGAAACAACUUACCUGCCAUUUGUUUACUUAUCUUCUUGUAUGGGUUCGGUUGCGCGGGCGUAGUGCACGUGCUAGAGAAAGCCUUCAAUUCAGCGAGUCUGGCCAACAUGGCGCUGUUCUGUGGCAACACGUUCGCGGCGCUCGCCGGCAUCGCUAUACUCCUCGUGCUCGAUAUUAUAUCCGAUUCUGAUGCGACAGACCACGCCCGCUGGGUGCUGCACAAAGUGCUGAUGCUGAUCCCGCAGUUCGUCUUCGCGGAUGGACUGCUGGAAAUUGCCAAGAAUACUAUUCAAGCACAGGUGCUAGGCCAGUUCGGUAUGGACACAUACCGUGACCCGCUGACCGGCACAGUGGUGCGCUACCACUACAUUUCACUGGUGGCAGUGGGUUCGGUUCUCUUCUUGCUGAACCUGGCUAUAGAGUACCACUGUUUCGAUGAUAUGUUUAACUGGAUAUACUCCCGCAAGGCAAUAAGCAAGAAGCUCAGUAAACACGUGCUUAUUGACCCCGACGUAGCGCGGGAAGAGCGCCGCGUGUCGGCCGCAGCAGCUCCACUGCGCUUGCGCACUAUUGGCAAUAUUAAUGCGGGUUUCAUAGACUCAGAGGAGCUAAAGAGCCACUCACUAAAGCGCGUGGAGUCCAACUCAAGCGUGUCUCCCGACACUCGUGACGCGAUCUCUCUGUGGCACGCGAGCCGCGUGUUCGCGGGCGCACGUGGGCCAAAACUGGCGGUUGAUGAUCUUACACUGGGGGUGCCGCUUGCGCAGUGCACAGCGCUGCUCGGGCAGAACGGUGCGGGCAAGUCGAGCACGUUCGCGCUGCUGACGGGCGAGCUGCGCGCCUCGCGCGGCCGCGUGCUGCUCGCCGACCGGCCCGCCAGCCGCAAGCAGCUCUCCAAGGGGGAUAUUAGCUACUGUCCGCAACAAGACGCGCUAGACCCGCUGCUGACAGUGCAAGAGACGUUGAGAUUCUACUGCCAACUACGGGGACUGGCUCAGAAGGAUGAGGUGAUAAUCCGCACAAUGGAGCAGUUCUCCCUAACCAAGUACGCAGCAGUGCGGUGCGGUGCGCUCAGCGGCGGGAAUAAACGCAAGGUGUGCGCUGCUGUCGCGUUCAUGGGGACCAACCCUGUAGUGUUGUUGGAUGAGCCUACUAGCGGCAUGGACCCGUUGUCCCGCGGGCGCGUGGGUGGCGCGUGCGCACGUGCGGCGGGCGCGGGUCGCGCGGUGGUGCUGUCGACGCACGCGCUGCACGACGCGCGCGCCGCCCGCCGCGUGGCGCUGCUGCGGGACGCGCGCCUGCACGCGCUCGCCUCGCUCGGGGACAGCCUCAACAGGUUCGGUGGUGGUUACGUGGUAUGUGCGCGUGUGAGCGCGGACGGUUCAACCGCGGCAGGAGAACGCGGCGUGUGGACGCGCGUGCGUGAGCGCAUCCCGCACGCCACGUUAACUGUCUCGCAUCAAGCUGCUCUGCACUUUAUCGUACCUAGUCUUGCCAACAUUGACGGCAAGCAAGUCCGCACGUGCGUGGGCGACGCGUUCCGCUGGCUCACCACGCUGCAGCGGGAGGGAUUGCUUGAAGACUUCACCAUCAAUACUACCUCGCUUGAACAGAUGUUCCUCCACUGCAGCGGACAGUCCACCUCACUGGUAGACCCUCCUCCUCAAAACGGUUUCUACCCCCAAGAUAGUGAAGACCUCAGUACUGUCACUUCACUAUGAUACUAUUUUCCUUAAGAUUUUAGGUCAUAUAAGUUAAAUGUAUGGUCUUAGGCAUUUAACAGAGCUCAAGAAAAGUUAAACCUAUACGUCUAACUCAAAUGUGACUUAAUUUUAAGUCUGUUGAUAACAUGCAAGCUUUAAUACACACCUUAAAAUUAGGUGACGUUUGAGUUAAGUGAAACAUAGGAACAAAUUACUUAGACACUUAAUUUAUGUAAAAAAAUUAGAAUUGUAUGUUAUGAAAUAUUUUAUAUAAGGACAUUGAAUGUCUUCAUUUUGUAAAAAUGAUGUCGGAAAAAUAUGUUAAUGUAGGGGAGCAAAUGCAAUAAAACAACAGUCUCAUAGCACAAUAUAUUAAUUCUUAAGAUAAUAAAUUAAAUGACAUUAAAAUAUAUUUUACAAUGUUACCAAAAUAAUGAUCUUCAAGUUCCGUCCAUUUUGAGAAUUAGAUGUAAGUAGAAACUGUGAUCUUUUAGAAUCUUAUAAUGUAUCGUGUUAAACACUAACAUAGGCAUUUAGAUUUGCAAUUGGUUAUUCAAACGGAUCUCAUCCGUUAAAAUCUUCAUAGCUUCAUAUUUAUUUAAAUCAUAGUAAAAUACUAUUUGCCAUCUUUAUAUACCAUAAAAACUGAUCGACUAUAACUCUCUUGAGAAUUAUCACAUUAUGUGCUUUUUGUGGUUCUAACUCUGUACGAAAGUACGGAUUUUAAAGAUAUACUCAAAUCCUAUAUUCAAAAGGUAUUAAAAGUUCACUAGAAUCCCUUUCCUAUUUAUAAAUGAAGCUACCAAUAAGAAAAUAUAAAGUACUUAAUAUAAUAAUCCAUUUACAGUAUAGGAACUGGACAGUAGAUAACAUACGAAACUCUGUGAUAAACUUAUUUAACGUGUGUUUUAUAUAAUAAAAUGGUUUUUGGUA